CGCUUCCGGUGUUCGCCCAGUCACGGACUGUUGGUUGACGUAACAAAAUGAGAAUUCACUCGGUGACUUCAAUAUUGUAAUCCGGCUUGUGAAAAGUGCACUUUAUCGGCUCGGCAGCGUGCGGGACACUCGGCACUUGUAUGUCAUCCCGCGGAGGUCGCUCAGCUCCGGGGCAAGGCCUCUCCGCUCACCGACCGAACACCGCCCUUCUAGCCGCGAUGGGGUGGGUCAAGCUCGCCCACGGAGGCAGCAUGGGCCCGGCCCCUCGCUAGCCUCCGCCGGUGGACGAUUAGCAGCCACAAAGAGGGAUGCAUCAGAUCGGCGGGGGAGCGUCAAGCUUGGAUGUUGCUGCACCUGAAGUGUGGUCGUCACAAUGAACGGCACUGUGCAGAAUGAUGCCAAGAGACAGAACCUCUUGGAGAGGUUACUAGAUGCUGUCAAACAGUGCCAAAUCCGCUUUGGAGGAAGAAAAGAGAUUGCAACAGACUCUGACAGCAGGGUAAUCUGUCUUUGCGCCCAGUUUGAGGUGGUACUGCAGCACGGCUUGAGAAAGAGCCGAGGUCUCGCCCUCACCGCCGCCGCCCUCAAGCAGGCUGCCGGCUUCAGCAGCAAAGCCGAAGGAGGUAGAGAGUUCACCUUCUGGUUCUACGUGAAGGAGCAUCUCAACCGGCAUGAGCUCCAGCGCUUCUACUCCCUCCGUCACAUCUCAUCAGAGCUGGGCCGGGGUCGGGCCUGGUUGCGCUGUGCUCUUAAUGAGCAUUCUUUGGAACGCUACCUGCACACACUGCUCGCUGACCGACCACGCCUCGGCACUUACUAUGAAGACUGGGCUUUUAUGCUUGAUGAAGAGAGAGCCAGUAUGCUGCCCACCAUGGCUGCUGGUUUGAACUCCAUCCUCUUCGCCAUCAACAUAGACAACAGCGACCUGAACGGGGGGCCGACGAGAGGCGGAGGCUCCACCAUGACGCACCUCCUCAAAGAGUCCACGCAGGGCAUCGGCAGCCUGUGGAAGGAGUCCACGCAGGGGGUCAGCAGCCUUCUUCGAGAGAUCACCACCGCCACCGCUGUGGUGCCAGGCUUCAGCCCCAGGGUGGACGUAGCCUCGGACCCACUACCUGUCCUGCCGCGCAGCACCUCCGCUGACUCUGGGCUGAGGAAGGAGCGGCGGAGGAGAAAGAAGAUCACUAACAUCAUCUCCUUUGACGAUGAUCUGGACGGAGGUGCUGAGGAUGAGGAGGAGGGUGAGGAGGACUUCCCUAAGAUUGGUGGCCUUAGCAAGAGUCAGGCCGAUCCCGUUCAGAGCAGCGUGGAGGAAGGGAUCGAUCUCUUGGAGCCGUCGUUCCCAGAGUCGCCUUCUCACAACGGGCUGGAUGACACAACAGCACUGAGUUGGGUGGGGUCACCCCAUCACUCUCGUACGCCGCCCAUGCCUACGCCUCCUCUGACAGACAGGAAGAGCAUAGAUAACGAGGAUGAGGAGGAGGAUGAGGAGGAAAAAUACAAACGCAGAGCACCAAUCCAGGAGGACGAGAGGAGUAAUGACCAGAUGGUGGUGGGAAGUCUGUCCAGCGUGUCUACGUGGAGCCCCGUGAAGGUACUGAUGGACCACAGCAGCUCGGACAUCCUCAUCCCCCUCAAUGCCGCCGCCCCACAGCCAGUCAACUCUGUAGAGGACACGGCGGCCUUUCCUGCUCAGUGUGAGUCAUCAGGGCCGGUGGAAGACUGCGAUAGCCGCAGAUCACGGCCACCUCUGAAUAUGGAGUCCAGUCAGUUGGCGCUGUCCACUCCGCUCAGUGGUACGCUGCCAACAUCUGCUCUGCCAGAGUCAAUGACAGUCGUGGAGCUGCGACAGGCUAUUGUAGCCAUGAUGAACAGGAAGGACGAGCUGGAGGAACAAAAUGGGUCUCUUCGUAGUCUGCUGGAUGGGGAAAUGGAGCAUUCAGCAGGUCUGAGACAAGAGAUUGAGCUGCUGAAAAAAAGGCUGGCUGAACUGGAAGAAAGACACACGGCAAAGGUCCAGGCACUAGCCAGGGAGAAUGAGGUCCUGAAGGUCCAGUUGAAGAAGUAUGUGGGGGCGGUGCAGAUGCUGAAGAGAGAGGGGAGCCAGGGCAAUGACGCUCUGUCAGUAUUACCGACGAGUGAAGAGAGCACCCCUGCCCCUCAGAGCAAAUGCAUGGGCGACAUCGAGGAGUUGGCAGCCAGCUAUGAACGUAAACUCAUAGAGGUGGCUGAGAUGCACGGAGAGUUAAUCGAGUUUAAUGAGCGCCUAUAUCGCACCCUCAUGGCCAAGGACCACCUCAUUGUGCAGAUGAGACAGGAACUUAUUGAGUUGAGAGGACCGGUCCCAGGGGAUUUGAGUCAGACGUCAGACGAUCCCAGCCUCUCUGAUUUUGAAACGGCCCAUCGUGCGCUCAUCAAUGUGUGGAUCCCUUCUGUGUUCCUGCAGGGCAGAGCUGCUAACGCCUACCACGUCUAUCAGGUUUAUAUCCGCAUCUUGGACAAUGAGUGGAAUGUGUACAGACGCUACACUGAGUUUAGGGAGCUGCACAACCGCCUGAGGUCCCAAUUUCCACAGGUGGACACAUUCAACUUCCCGCCGAAGAAAGCCAUCGGGAACAAGGAUGCCAAGUUUGUGGAGGAGAGGCGGAAGCAGCUGCAGUGUUACCUUCGUAUGGUCAUGAACAAAGUGAUUCAGACGUUGCCAGACUUCACGGCCCGUCCCACCAAGGAGACCCUGCUGUUUUUGCUGCCUUUCUGUCUGGACACACCCCAGACCAAUGAUGGCGGCCCCAAGACACCCCGCUCCAAAACGUCAUCCCGCUUCCCGAGACUGGGUCGCGGCCACCACCAGGAAGCCAGAGCCGAACCCCAGAGUGGCGACCUCUAACACCCAAGACUUUGUAUUUUAUUUUAUUGUAAUUCUCAUGAUGCUGAGGUCAGGAACCCACCUGUGUCCAACCAUUGCCAUGAAGACUUUGAGGGCAUCUGGCGUAAGCUUCUGGCCAAGUGUCAGCCAAGGCGAUUGGAGAGUAUUUAAAUAUAUGAGAUGCCUUAUUGGAAGGAUAAAUGACAUUCAAGAGGCUGGACCAAAUCACACAGCAGCACCUCUUACCUCAAUGAGACAAAUUGAACAGCCACUAUGAGAUGCUGGCUUUUCUUUCUUACUAUGCUCCUUUUUGUAGUAAAAGUGUGUGUAGUUACAGUGCCUACAUUGUAUAUUACAGCUGCGUUGAUAGCUCAUGUAUAGCGAGCGAUUCAAUGUAGUUACUCAGUCUGCUUGAUUGUGCCAUUACAUUUUAGCUAAUGCCGAUUCCAAAUUGGGCAGAACAGUGUCCUAGUGGUUAUGCACUGACAGUUCUGAGGUUCAGUGUUCGAAUCCCGGAUGCUGUGUGGAGUUUGUACAGUAUAUCCAGUGUAGAAAAUGGAUAGAUAGGUGUAUAAUAACUCACAAUCUCUGCUGUGGACCAGAUAAUGUAUUCUUCUUUCUACAAUAUAUUUCCCUUCCAUCUUUUACGAGGGGCAUCUUAAUGUCCAACAAGUGUGCCCACAGUCAUAGUUUGUUGUGGCUCAAAAGUCCUUCAUACUCAAGGAUUAGGGUUCUAUACCACUGAUAACAAUAAACAGCAAUCUUUCUCCAAGAAUUGUUACCCCCAAGUAUAAUGCUCUCUCUAUGAUGCAUUGAAUUGCAGGUUUACACCACUAUGUCAAGUUUGAAAUUCCUUGUUUAAGAUUUAAAAAGAGUUAAAAAGAUUUAACACAGCCUCAUAACGAAGACUAAGCACUUGAAGUGAAGCAGAGCUGCUCGUUAGGAGUGCAAGGAGAGCGCCUGUGACUCAACAAGUGUGGGUUAUAGGAGCUCAUAUAUAUUUAGAGCUCUCCCAAGAUGAGAACCACCACCUGACAAAACUAGCUUGUUUUUUUUUCUUUCAGGAGACAUUUUUCCUUUAGCUGCUCAAU